AUGAGAUUCACAUUUGUACUAUUGUGUAGUCUCGUGUUUUCUGGACUCGUUUUGGGAAUAGAAUAUUAUUCGGAUACGUAUGAUAACAUAGAUGUAGAUGCGAUUAUUAAUAGCGAUCGUCUUUUAAAUCAAUAUGUGAAUUGCAUUCUUGAUAAAGGUACUUGCACCGCCGAUGGACGCAGUUUUAGAAAUAUUCUCCCGGAUAUAAUAGUCACAUCUUGUGAAAAAUGCAGCGAAAAACAGAAGUACACAGCAAGAAAAAUAAUCAAUUAUUUGAAAGAAAACAAACCAAAUAUUUGGACAGAGUUUCUCGAAAUGUAUGAUCCUGACAAAGAGCGUACAGCAUCUCUCGAGCAAUUUUUGAUAGAAGAUCAAACGAAGGCGUAAUUCUUCCCCCCCUCCCUCUCUCUAUAUUAGGUUUCCUAAUAACAAUCAAAUAAUUGAUCCUAAAUAAAGGAAUACAUUUUAUAGUAAUCAUAAAUUCUGAUCACGAAUAAUAUAUAUCUAAAUGUUUGAUUAUUUAUAUUUUAAUUAUACCGUUAACAAACCUAUACAAUAGCAAUUAAUGUCA